UUGAAGGCAGCACGGCUUGCUGCCAUCCAUGCAUCCAGUCCUGUCUGUGGUACCUGCUGGCUACUUAACUUAGCUAGCAGCCUUACCUAUCAGUCACUUCUGUUCAGGAAUAACAACAUGAACGAGAGACAAAAUGAUUUUAUUUUGUCUUCCGCUCGAUGCGCAGUUGCAUUUUAAGAAAAAGAUGGAGACCAUCCAUUUGAUUUUAGUAUUUUAGCUGUUAAGCGUUUUGCUGAGUCCAUUUUGCCCGUAACUGGAAGUGGAAAAGACAAAGAGAAAAGAGCUUUCCAAUAGCUAGAAUGGUUUGGGCCUAAAAAGAAGACUAGAGCAACAUGAACCGUGAGGACCGGAAUGUGCUCCGAAUGAAAGAACGAGAAAGGAGAAAUCAAGAAAUCCAGCAGGGAGGAGGAGAGGCCUUUCCAGCGAAUUCCCCUCUCUUUCCUGAGCCCUACAAAGUGUCCAGCAAAGAAGAUAAACUGUCCAGCCGUAUUCAGAGCAUGCUGGGCAAUUACGACGAGAUGAAAGAGCCGAUCGGUGACCUUCCAAAGCUCAGCGGAAAACCCUCUAACAGCUCGUCUUCCUCUGAGGAGAAAUCGGGCCCACCUUUGUUUAGCGGGGACCAGCGCGGCGUCGGUAGCAGCAGCCAGAGCAGUAAGUGGACUCCUGUCGGCCCCGCGGCAGGUGGAUCUUCAUCCCAGUCCCAGAAACGUUCAGGACUUAGCAGCCAGAGGGGCAACGGCGGCAGUAGCGGCAGCAGCAGCAGUAGCCAAAGACACGGAGGGGAGGUGCGGGAAAAGAAGUCAAGUAAACACAGUGGAGGGUCAGAUCAUUCAAAGUCACACACAUCGAGUCCGGCCAAGGGCUCCCUGAGUUCCUCCAGCAGCAACAGCCACCUGCGGAGCUCCUUGUCUGCGGAGCAGCAUCACAGCAAGGAGCGCUACCGCUCCAAGUCCCCACGAGACAGAGAGGCCAACUGGGACUCGCCCUCACGGGUUCACACCUCCUUCCCCAGUGGACAGCACUCGAGUCAGGCCUUUCCACCAUCUCUCAUGUCCAAACCCGGCUCCAUGCAGCAGAAGCCCACAGCGUAUGUGCGGCCUAUGGACGGCCAGGAAACGGCAGAACCCAAGAGCUCACAAGCAGAAAGCUACAGUGGACAGUCACACAGCAGCACCAUGGGAGAGAUGAAGUCCAACAGCAAGGCCUCACUUUCCAAACUCAAGAUCCCUUCACAGCCCGUAGAGGGAUCCGGUGACGCCAACUGUGUUGAUGAGAUCCUGAAGGAAAUGACUCAGACGUGGCCCCCUCCGCUGACAGCCAUCCACACCCCCUGCAAAACUGAGCCAUCCAAGUUUCCAUUCCCCACGAAGGACUCUCACCCUUUUCCAAGUGGACACAAACGAGGCAGUUCUUCCAAAAGCUCCAGCAGCCACCAGCCCAAAGCUUGCGAUGACCCACCAACUAUGCUGGAAGAUGACCUGAAGCUGAGCAGCAGUGAGGACAGUGAUGGAGAACAGGACUCUGCCAAGAAUGCCUCAAGGAACACAUCAGCAAGCAAUAACAGUGAAGGAGCGGAGCAGUCGCGGGACGACUCGAGCAGCCACAGCGGCUCAGAGAGCAGCUCGGGCUCGGACAGCGAAAGCGAAAGCAGCACGACAGACAGCGAAGCCAACGAGCACCCACGACCUGCCUCCCCUGAACCUGAACAACCUGUGGCCAACAAAUGGCAGCUGGACAACUGGUUCAAGAAGGCCAAACAGUUCUCACCAGCCUCUCCGGUGGACAACAAUGUUCCGACAAAGUGCAAGAAAGAGGGCAGAGACAACAGCUCAGGGCGAGGCUAUGGAAGCCAGGGAGGGGGAUCAAAAGACUCAACAGCACCCACCCCAAGCAGGGACCUAAGGGCAGCACAAAAGGGCGCAGAGGGUGGCCGUGGCCGGCAAAAGUCCCCCGCCCAGAGCGAGGGGGGCACGAACCCACGAAGGAGUGUGGGUAAAAAACAGCCUAAAAAGUCUGAGAAGCCUCCAGUGGUGGAGGAACCCAAGGGGGGUCUGAGAGUGGAGAGCGAGCCGGCUCCGGAGAACCCUCCUUCUCGGCCCAAAGCUCCUACCAAGGGUUCCCGAAAACCAAGCAUAAAAAAAGAGCCGAAAUCCUCUCCGAGGCCGACCGCGGCCGCUGUCACCACCACCGCAGAUAAACGCAAGGCCAAGGCGCCCACCAAGACUUCCCAGAAGUCCCGGGAGUUUGUUGAUACGGACUCAUCGUCGUCGGACUCUGAGGGGAAUGACAGCAUCCCGUCCUCGUCGCAGACGCCCAAGUACACCGAGAGCAUCAGGACCCCUGUGUGUGUGUUCUCUCCAAUGGAAGAGAAAGAGCUGCUGUCUCCACUCAGCGACCCUGAGGAGCGUUACCCCGCGAGGCCGCCUCAGCAGCAGGUUUUACUAGUGAAGAUAGAUCUCAGCUUGCUGUCGAGGAUCCCAGGGCGGACCUACAAGGAUCCUGUCGAGAUAAAAGUGGAGAGGGACGACUCUCUCGACAGGGACAGCAAAGACUUCAGCAAGCAGAGCUCUGAGAAGAGUUCUAGUAAGGCCAAGAGGAAACACAAGAACGACGAAGAAGGCACCAAGCCAGACAGCAAGAGAUGCAAGCUGGAGGAGAAGUCUCUAUCACAUCAUAAAAACAGCAGUAAAGAGUCUAAGAGGUCUUUGGAGAAGAAAGAGGAGCCAGUCCCCUCUCCCUCCAUGUCAGGCCUCCAGCGGACGCCCAAAGCAGAGCAUCCGAGUCGGAAGAGGACGGUCAGCCAGUCCUCCACCUCACUGUCCAGCGGGACAGGAAGUGGGAAGGAGGGAAGCCACAGCACCAAGGGCAACUCCACCUCCAAACACAGAAAAGGAGAGGACAAGGGACGCAGCACACGCGAUGGCAAGGAGAAAUCCUCAAAGGGCUGCGAUAACCAGCUGGCCGUUCCUCCGCUCUCCACGGACGGCUCCAAGUCUCAGAGAUCCAAGCUGGUGUUUGAGGACAGGGUCCAUUCAGCAGAUCACUACUUACAAGAGGCCAAGAAACUCAAACACAAUGCAGAUGCACUGUUGGACCGGUUUGAGAAGGCGGUUUACUACCUGGACGCGGUCGUGUCGUUUGUUGAAUGUGGUAAUGCUCUGGAGAAGAGCGCCCAAGAAGCAAAGUCUCCCUUCCCAAUGUAUGCUGAAACGGUGGAGCUUAUCAAAUACACUAUGAAGUUAAAAAGCUACAUGGCUCCAGAUGCUACAUCGGCAGACAAGAGGCUAGCCGUGCUUUGCCUACGAUGCCAGUCCCUCCUCUACCUGCGGGUAUUCAAGCUGAGGAAAGAGAGCGCACUGAAAUACUCCAAAACACUCACAGAACACUUAAAGAACUCACUGAGUAACACCCAGGCUCCCUCUCCUGGAAUGGGAAACAAGGCAGCGGGUAUGCCCUCUCCGGUGUCGCCCAAGCUGUCACCGGGCACGGCCGGCGGCUACUCAUCAGUCAGCAGCAGCAGCAGCGCCAGCUCGUCUGUGACCAUCCCUCAGCGGAUCCACCAGAUGGCUGCCAGCUACGUCCAGGUCACCUCCAACUUCCUGUACGCCACUGAGGUCUGGGACCAGGCUGAGCAGCUAUCCAAGGAGCAGAAGGACUUCUUCCUGGAGUUGGACAAAGUGAUGGGUCCUCUGAUCUUCAACACCAGCAGCAUGACAGAACUGGUGCGUUACACGCGGCAGGGCCUCCACUGGCUGCGCCUGGACGCAAAGCUUAUUCCCUAGCAAGGACUGGCUUCCUGCACGCUGCUCACACACACACACACACACACACACACACCCCUCAGCCUUGUGUGUUCAGCAUCAUGUGCUCAAGGACACAAAAGCAUGCUCACACAGACAGACACACACACAUACGAUAACGUACUGUAUGCACACACACACACACACACACACGGUCCUCCUCCACACGUGAUGAACUUUUCAGACAUAUCUCCAACACUGUGUCCAUUUCCUACACCAGCUUGCCAAAAACACUGAGCAAUUUAGCAUCUCACACCUUCGACGGCAUCAUCACAGGGAGAAGCAUCCAAACAGCAGCACAGGAACAAAAAGAGCUCACGCCACGCUUCAUGGAUCGGCAUUCUUACUAAAAUCUUUGAAGGCCAUGUUUUUAUCUAUUCGGCAUGGAAGCGUGUUAUGAAUCUGCUUAAAAAUGGGGUUUGGUUUUUAGGCUACUUUGGCUUUUAACUUUUUAUUUGACUUUGUUUCACCAAAGUACCUCCCAUGAACACCAAAGGUGCUUUAAAAUGAAGGUUUCUCUUUAUCAUUUUUGUGCCUUGUAUGUGAGCUCCAGGAAAACAAACAGCCACCCGUCAUAUCUGAACACAUGGGUUUUGUUUUCUCCUCCUCCUUUUUUUUUGUUGCUUUAACUCAUUCAUUGCAUUUUUAAACACUUUGUAGUUGAUGGAAGCUGGUGACCGUUGUGUUUUUAUGCCAGUUAUUUUGGAUCAAAGAUUGUUGGGCACAAAUUACGAUACCUUACAUGAUUUCCUUCAAAGUUUCUUGUUGUUAAGGGUUAAUCUCGGAGCGAGCCCACGAGAUGUUCAGGCCUGUAGAAGGGCUACUGUGCACAGCAGAUUAAUACUUCUGACUCACACGUAUUUAUAAAUGUUGUCUUUAUCGAUCAGCGUAAUUUAAUUUCCCUCAAUCAUGAACUUCUUGUGGCCCUGCUAGUUGGUCUGGUUUGAUGUAAGGAGCAUCACGGCCUCCAGAGGGCGCUAGCAGGAGCUUUUAGACACUUGGCCUUAAUAAAAUUGAUCAUGUCAAUGUUCUCUCUAAGAGAUUUGCUGUCUUUUUUUAGCUCCGGAGUACAAAUCUCUUCCUGAAAUGUUUUUACGCUCGUAGCUACAUUGUUCAUUGAGAAAUGUCCUCGAGGGUGAGUCACUUCCACACAGUGUUAUUCAUGUUUGAUCCCUUUUGUUUGCUCAGUGUGUAUUUUUCUAAGGAACAGCAGGGAGUGUCUUAAGUAUUUAAAUCAUUUCCACGUACACAAUGCAGUUACUCACAUUAGCAGUUCAUAAUAAAAACUGGGCCUGAGUGACCACUAAUUUGGCGCAACUAACGCAAAUUCAUCUUGAAAGGAAGGAUGUUUUUUUUUCAGAGUUAUUAGCAGUGUUGAAUUUAUAGAACAAAGAGUUUUAGAUCUAUGAUUUAUAUAUUUCAAAAAUAUAACAGCCAAUAUAGAUUUUAUUUAUAUACCAAGCAGUUGUUUUUCUUUUUUCAUCUCCUGGCCAAGCAGAAGUAUAACUUUUCAAAUGCAUACUUGUAAAACAGGGUUGAACAAGGGUUAUAAGAUGCAGAGUAUUUGUAUGUGUAAUUGUUCCUAUUUAAAUUUCAAAAUCUUAAUCACAGGUGGUAGAUAAGAAAGGCAUCACAGCGUGGAUCAGCAGGCAGGUGAAGGAGAGUGUCGGCUGUCCAGAUGUGAACAUUUCUGUAGGUUAUUUAAAGGACUGGUUGUCAUCCAGGGGAAUGAAGGUGGAGGUGAAGGUGGUGUUGAAUGAAGACGUUACACACAACACUCAAGAUGUCAGCUGACUGUGUGUUUGUUAAUCGUCACUGACAUGAAGGCUGGCCUCUUCUUGUGUGCAUUUCUUUCUUUUUUUUUUUUUUUUUCUCAGCCCAUUUCUGACUAAAACAUGCUGGAAAUAUUAAAGCCUGGUCCAAACAGUGUUCAUAGAACAAGUAUUCUUUGGUUUGUUGUAAAGAGAAAUUACCAUAAAGUUUAAGACCUGUGAUCGUCUGUAACUUUAUGGUACUUUUUAAUGUUUUUUUCAAGAAUCAAACCUCAUCUUACACUUUUUGUUUUUCAUCUCAAGAGAACACAAACCUGCAGAUUUACUGUUUGGCCCAGGUUUUACCUUUUUUUGUUGUGUUUGGUCUCUUCUUUCCUUCACUGGCUCCCUGGCCUUUAUCGUGGGAGGGGAUACUGUUAUUUCCUCUUGCACUUGAAGAAGAGAAAAGUCAGAGGAGGUAUUAUUUUAAUCUAUGCAGGAUUUUUACAAAAAAUUAAAAUAUCUGUCUCUGUGGAAAAGAUUUAAUUUUUUUAGGCUUGGGAUUUUGUUCCCCCACUCUUUUCUUUCCGCCUCAGUGAGAAACCUGUUGAACUCAAGCGUCCGAUGCCUUUAGCUUUUUGCAAUUUUUGUGUACUGGUUUAGUAUAUAUAUGUAAAUAGAUCUGUUUUUAUAACCAAACACAGAUGGCAUGAGCCAUUUUGUACUUAAAGCUGGAGGCCACUUUUCUCAUAGGAAUUCCUCUGUGGGUUUUGCCAGCCCAGUUAAUGUCUUCAUACACUGGUACACUUUGUAAGUACAGGUCCGCGCCUUGUGUUCCCUACACUAUCUUGUAGUCAAAAUGUACAAAAUUUAGCAUUAGAAUAAUUUUUAACAGUUUGCUACUCACACUUAUUUAUUUUUCUGCCCCUUUGCUUAAUAUUUUUUUCUAUUUUUGCCAUUUUAAGGAGUACCAUUUUAUGAAAUAGGAAGCUGUAAAUGUGUUGGGGUUGUUCAUGAUGAGAUUUCAUUGUAAGUAGUGAUUAAUAUUAAUUCUAACUUGAAAGAAUCCAGGGUAAGAUGAGUUUUUUUUGACAUUCAGUAGGAAGAUGUUAACACUUGCAUGUUUCUAUUUAAAUACAAAUGUAUAAAUUGUAAAUAUAACAUUUCUUUAAGGGUGAAUUUCUACUACAGGUUGACAUUUUUAUUGAAAUUAAAAAAUGCUGUAAAUACAUUUUGUGAGAUACUUUAUGCACAUUUUUUUUUUUCCUCUGUGGGCUUUUGUGUUCUUCUUCCAAGUUGUUACGGACGACAUCACCGUCUCUUAACACUGUAUAUCAGAUUGAUUUCUCAGUCUCUCUUUUUUUUCUUACCGUGCUCGUAUUCUUUGUCUUCUGCUACACUGUCUCUCAGUAUCAUGGUCGCCAAAUAAUCAUUAAUGUCUCUAGAUCCAAGUGCGAAUAUUUUGUCUUCUCUGUAUUUGAUAUGGAGGCGUGUACUUUUCAUGAAAUGUAUAUUGUUGAUCUCAUGGGAUGAAUGGAUGGAUGGUGUGUACAGUCUGUUGUGUAAAACCACGUCUGUUUUCGUCCUCAUGAGAGAGAUGUAUUUACUAUUUGUCCCUUUUGAACAAUUGGUCCAACAUGUCUUUUGAAACAGAGGUAUUUCUCUACAGGUCAAAACAGUUGUAGCAGUUUAUACAGUAUGUUGUAUAACACCUUUUUUCUAAAAGUCGUCUCUGGAGUGAGACCAGCAGCAUACACUAUGUACAAUAGUCUAAAUUGGAUUAGUUUUAAGAGAACUGAUGAUAGAGAUACUAUAUAUGAUGGAUGCAAUAUGAUUAAAGGUACUCAUUGAGUUUGAUCUUCAAACUUAGUUUAUGUAAUUUAAAAGCAUUCUUGUGAAGUGAGUAUUAAUUGUGACUAAUGAGAGUCUGUCCUGAAUAUUCUUUGUAUUUUGCCGUAUUGAGAAUAAAAUAUAUAUGGAUAUGUUUAA